AUAAAUUUUAUGAAUGCGUUUCUACGGGGGAAACCGGCACUUGGUUGCAGACGUCACACCCAGUUGUCUGCAAUAUCUACUACUGUUUGUUCUAUACAGAACUGAACGCACGGUCAUGAUAAUCACGUUUUAAACCAAUAUUAAACAACUUCGUCCAAAAUGGUUUUCGAAUCGGUUGUCGUAGACAUUUUAAAUAGAUUUAUAGGCGAUUAUGUCGAAAAUUUAGACAGAUCUCAGUUAAAACUGGGCAUAUGGGGUGGUGAUGUGACAUUAGCAAGACUUGAUGUGAAAGAAAGUGCCCUAGAUGAACUAGAUUUACCAGUCAAAGUUGUUUCAGGACAUUUAAGUAAUCUUGUUCUGAAAAUACCAUGGAAAAAUUUAUAUACUGAACCAGUUAUUGCUAGUAUUGAAGGCUUAUUUGUUAUUGUAUUACCUAAUCUUGCCACAAAAUAUAAUGAAGAGAAAGAACAGAAAGCUGCUCAAGAUUAUAAAGAAAAGGAAUUGCGUAGAAUUGAAGAAAUGAAAAUUAAAGAAGCAAAUAAAGAUGAAAAGAAAGAUGAAAAAGCAGAUACCUUUACUGAAAAACUUGUAACUCAAAUAAUUAAAAAUCUUCAAGUAAAGAUUAAAGAUAUUCAUAUACGGUAUGAAGAUCCAUAUACUGAUCCUUCAAAGCCAUUUUCAGUUGGUAUUACACUUCAUAAUCUAUCAUUUGAAACAACUGAUGAAAAUUGGAAGCCUUGUAUACUUCAAGACACAGUAAAAUUAAUUCACAAGGUAGAUUAUAAAAGUUUUAAUGUAACACUAUUUUUAUUAUAUAUUAUUAUAAUAAAAUAUAAAGUAAAAAAUCAUUAUCAACUUUAUUAUUUGGAAUUCUCACAGUCUGUCAAAUGUAAAGUAGAGAAUGGCCUUGAUGUUCUAAUUUUAGGUAAUCUUGUUCUGAAAAUACCAUGGAAAAAUUUAUAUACUGAACCAGUUAUUGCUAGUAUUGAAGGCUUAUUUGUUAUUGUAUUACCUAAUCUUGCCACAAAAUAUAAUGAAGAGAAAGAACAGAAAGCUGCUCAAGAUUAUAAAGAAAAGGAAUUGCGUAGAAUUGAAGAAAUGAAAAUUAAAGAAGCAAAUAAAGAUGAAAAGAAAGAUGAAAAAGCAGAUACCUUUACUGAAAAACUUGUAACUCAAAUAAUUAAAAAUCUUCAAGUAAAGAUUAAAGAUAUUCAUAUACGGUAUGAAGAUCCAUAUACUGAUCCUUCAAAGCCAUUUUCAGUUGGUAUUACACUUCAUAAUCUAUCAUUUGAAACAACUGAUGAAAAUUGGAAGCCUUGUAUACUUCAAGACACAGUAAAAUUAAUUCACAAGUUAGUUAUAUUGGACAGUUUUGCAGUAUAUUGGAAUAGUGGUACAUCAAUGAUAAGUAACAUGAAUGCAGAGGAUGCUAAGAUACAAAUGAAACAUGAAAUAGCUACUUCUACUACCAAACCUAGUAUAUCAUAUAUACUUGGGCCAAUAAAUGCUACUGCAAGAUUAAUACUUAAUUCUAAGCCAGAAACUGAUGGUUCUGGAUAUAAAAUUCCUAAAGUCAAUUUAGAUGUGGUAAUGGAAGAAAUUGCUUUAAGAAUUAAUGAAACCCAGUAUCAAGAUAUAAUGAAAUUACUUCAAUCCUUAGAUCGCAUGGCACGUGCUUCUUUAUAUAGGAAAUAUCACCCAAGUGUUCCAUUAAAAGGAAAUUCUUCAGUUUGGUGGAAAUUUGCUUUACAGUGUAUACUUGAAGAAGAUAUUCGUCGUAGGAAACGUGAUUGGUCUUGGGACCAUAUGAGAAACCACCGGCAUCUUUGUCGAGAUUAUAAAGAAAUAUAUAAGCAAAAAAUUUUAAGACAGAAAAUGUCAAAAAAUGCCCAAGAAACUAUGCAAAAUGCUGAGAAACAAUUGGAUCUUUUUAAUAUAACCCUAAUUAGAAAACAAGCAGAGCUAGAGGUAAGAUACAAAAACUUCAGUUUUUACAAAUCUCAACAGUUUGAAGAAGCAAUGACAAAUGAAGAAAAAGCAAAACUUUAUGAAGCAAUUGGUUAUCAAGAAAAUGCUGUUCCAGCAGAAUAUCCAAAAGAAUUUGUAGAGAACAAAAUUACAUUUCUACUCUGUAAUCUUGUAAUUGUUAUUGAUGAUAUGAGCAAAAAACAAGUCAUGAAGCUUCAAUUACAAAAAGUUUCUACAGAAAUAGAACAAAGACCUUCAGCAGAAGCAAUAAAAUUGGCAGCAAAAGUUGAAACUUUUAUGGUGUUUGGAACGUUAGGAAAAAAUAAUAUUACACCAACUAUGGUUACAUCACAGACAGUUGAAAAUAUCAAAGAACCAUUAUUAUCUGUUUUAUUUGAAACAAAUCCUCUUGAUAAUUCUUGUGAUAGUCGAAUUUACGUUACUGCUAAUCCUUUGGAAAUUGUAUAUGAUGCCAUGGGAGAAGAAAUGAAACCUGUUUAUUUAAUGCUGAUUUAUAGCAUUAAAAAACAGUCUCAUUGUUUAGUUUUAAAUCUUGGUAACUUUAAAAUGGAUUCAAGUACUAAAAAACAAGAUAUUCAAACAGUUAAAAGUUUAGUUAAGGCUGGAAGUACUGAUGAAGAAGUAUUGACAGAAAUGAUUUCUCAAGCAUAUGACAAAUACAAUAUAGAAAUACAAAAUAUGGAAGUUAUAAUGACAAACCCAGGAGAAAAUUGGAAAAUGUCUAAAGAAAAACAGAGAUCAUAUGCUCAUUUAAUUGAACCAAUCAAUGUUAUUGUUUACCUGCAGCAAUGCAUUAUUCAAGAAGACCCUCGAUUACCCAAAAUGAAAAUUUCAGGAGAGCUUCCACUUCUUAAUCUUAGUAUUUCGGAUCAAAAACUGCAACAACUGUUAGCCUUAGUUCAAAGUAUUCCUCUUCCAGGAAGUUCUGCUGAGGAACCACCUCAACCUGCUACAACAAUGAAUUCAACUGCUCCUGUUAAUCCAAAAAUAACUCAGCUAACAAAACCUGCUACUGUGAAAGUUGAAUCAUUAUCUAAGCCUGAAGCAGUGGAUGAGAAGAUUAGCCAUGUACAAUAUAUUAAUUUGGAAUUGAAAUUUGAAAUCAAAGAGAUGGGACUUGAUCUUUAUCGAAAAGGAAAGCUUGAAGAUACACAGUUAUUGCGAUUUGCAUUUAAACGUCUUGGAACUAAUAUGUGUAUCAAAACUUUUGAAACAGCUGUAGAUCUUUAUCUUGGAGGAAUAUUUCUUCAUCAUAAAGAAUUUCAAAGAUGUGAUGGAAGUCCAUUAUAUGUCCUUGCAAAUAAACAGGCAGAAUCACUUGAAAAUUGGUUUGUCUUACAUUAUCUUAUGGCAGAUAAAAAAGGACCAGAUUUUCAGUGUCUUUAUAACAACACAUUACAAUCUAUUUCAAUAUCUUUUACUAGUCUUGAAUUGGUUGUGCAUUUGGAAGCAUUGUUGGCUCUAUUGGAUUUCAGUAAUCAUCUCAUGGCAUCUUUAACAACAAAUAAUGCUCAAGAGAAUGCAAAUAAAAUCAAACAUGAGGAAACAAAAUCUGCAAUUACUACAGUAGAUACUGAAUAUAAAGAUGUGACUCCAGAAAAACGAAAAGGGAAAAAAUCAAAAAAGGCAAUAGAACUAAUUGAUUUAAAAAUAAAAGCUCAUUUUUCAUCAUUUGGAUUAACCAUCUGUACUAUGAAGCAUAAUUUAACAACAAUAACAAUUUCAGGCAUUGAUACUGAUGUUGUUUUACAAAAAUCGAAGACGUCAGUUAAGACCUGUCUGAAAGAAAUUUUAAUAUAUGAUUCCAUGCCAGAUGCAGUUCAUAGAAAGAUUCUUUCUGUUGUUGAUGAAGAAGUUUUAGAUCUUGAAGUUGUUAUGUAUAACUUUGCAACUGAUGAUGAAGGAUAUUUCGAUAUGUCUACAAUGGAUAUGAAAUUGUCAGUAUCUUUGGGAAGAUUGAAAUUCAUCUUUAUUAAUAAAUUUAUCAUGUCUUUGUUGUCUUUUGCAGAUAAUUUUCAAAUUGCAAAAGAAAAACUUGCUGAAGCAAGUGUUGCAGCGGCAGAAGUAGCAAAACAAGGAAUGGAAAUGGCUUAUGAAAAGGCAACUAGAAUUUCAUUAGAUGUAUGUGUUCAGGCACCUGUUAUAGUUAUACCUCAGAAUUCAUUAUCAACAAAUUCUUUGGUAGUUGAUCUUGGCAUUAUUAAAAUUCACAAUAAAUUUUUAUUGGGGGAGAAAAGAAAUGAAUUAGGAAUUCCAGCAAUUUUUGAAAAAAUGACUGUAGAAUUAUAUGAUCUUAAGCUAUCAAGAGCAAUAAUAGAAUAUCAAAAUGAAAGCAUUUCUGCUGAAUGCUUAUUACUGGAACCUCUAACAUUUACUUUAAGUGUGCUUCGAAAUCUUGCAUUUAAUUGGCAUAAAGAUAAACCAGAAAUUGAUGUGUCUGGGAAACUGAAAGCUGUAACUGUAACUAUUAGUCAAGAAGAUUAUGGUACAGUUAUGAAAGUGUUAGCAGAAAACCUUGCAGAGAAGGGACUUGAUAUCCAGAUUGUGCCAUUAUCAGAAAUUUCACCAUCUAUCCCAUCUUCAACAAAACCUGCUAAAGAUGAAUCUUCAGGUAUAUUAAAAAUUCAAGAAGAUUAUGGUACAGUUAUGAAAGUAGCAAUAAUAGAAUAUCAAAAUGAAAGCAUUUCUGCUGAAUGCUUAUUACUGGAACCUCUAACAUUUACUUUAAGUGUGCUUCGAAAUCUUGCAUUUAAUUGGCAUAAAGAUAAACCAGAAAUUGAUGUGUCUGGGAAACUGAAAGCUGUAACUGUAACUAUUAGUCAAGAAGAUUAUGGUACAGUUAUGAAAGUGUUAGCAGAAAACCUUGCAGAGAAGGGACUUGAUAUCCAGAUUGUGCCAUUAUCAGAAAUUUCACCAUCUAUCCCAUCUUCAACAAAACCUGCUAAAGAUGAAUCUUCAGGUAUAUUAAAAAUAAAUAAUAAAGGUGUUACUAAACGAAAUAAUAAGAAAGCAUUGUCUUAUAUUGAACUGAAAACUAUUUCAUUGUCUGGAAAAAUUAUGACUGAUAAUUCUCUUCAAGCAGAAAUCCUGCUUAUUGAUUUUAUUUUAGAUGAUACUAGAUUUACAAGGAAGACAGGAGUUAAGAGGUUAAUGCAACAAAAUAGUGAACAAGAUAAAAAAAGUCAAAAAAUGGUUACAGUAAAUUUUAUUAAAGAUGCAGCUGGUGAUGCAACAAUGAAUGUGAAAAUAUUUAGUUUUCAAUUAAUUGUACAUCUUGGCUAUUUGUUACAACUUGGUGAUUUCUUCACUAAAUCAGCAACAGAUGAAAAAUUAGAAACUGCCACUAAACCUGAAUCAUCUAAAGCAGCAUCUACUGAUAAAUUAGCCACUAAAACUAAUAUUGAUAAAACUUCUGGACCUUCUAAACAGAGUGAGGAUACUCCAACCAAUCGCACAACUAUAUUUUUCACAUUGGAAGAACCUGAUUUAAUAUUAAUUGAAGAUAUUGAAAAUAUUAACUCCAAUAUUAUUGUUCUUAAGAAUGCUGUAGAAAUGAAAUUGAUAAUGGAUCCAGGAGCACUUAAUAUUUCUGGAGCAAUUAAAGAUUUGCAAAUAUUUACUGCUUGUUAUAAUCCUUCUCAGAGAAAUAAUACAACUGUUCAAUUCCAGAAUGCUGUAGAAAUGAAAUUGAUAAUGGAUCCAGGAGCACUUAAUAUUUCUGGAGCAAUUAAAGAUUUGCAAAUAUUUACUGCUUGUUAUAAUCCUUCUCAGAGAAAUAAUACAACUGUUCAAAUUCUUACACCAUGUGAAAUUAAUCUCCUGUAUAGUUGUCCAUCAGAUAAAAAGCAACAUAUUAAUGUUGAUUGUACUGAAAUAGCCCUUCAUGUAUCACCAGGAACUAUAGAAAUUCUUUCAAAUAUAUUAGCUACAAUAUCCACAAAAUCGGAAAUUGAAGAAACUGUGGAGGAAAUUAAACCAGUGGAUUAUAGUAAUAUAUGGGAACCUUGUAAUGUAAAUGAUCAGUCAUAUUGGUUUUUAGAAACAGUGAAAGGAAAAGAUGAAGCUGUUGAAAUUACAGAAGACUUUUCCUGUGAAGAAUAUGUAUGUGAAACAACAGCAUCAGAAGAGAUGGUUUUAAAUAUGAAAAAAAUAAUUCUCACUAUUGAAGCUGGCAGAGGUUUAAGAACAGUCCCAAUGAUUUUAUUAGAAUCUUCUUUUCAUUCUGAAAUUAAGGAUUGGAGUUCAUUACUGUACAUUGGAUGCAACUUGACUGUUGAAAUGGGAUAUUAUAAUGAGAAACUAGCUGUUUGGGAACCUCUCAUUGAACCUGUUGAAUUACCUACUGGACAACUUAAACCUUGGGAAAUAACAAUGCAGGUAACAAAAAAUCCUUUGGAUAUACCAGAUGAUGAAGAAGAAGAAAUAAAAUUUCCUCCUCCAGAAAUGAGUAUUGAAAUUUCAUCUUUUGAUAUGCUUGAAGUUACAGUAACAAAAACUUUUAUGAAUGUUGUAACAAAUCUAUCUGAAGUAAGUAUUAAAAUCUANAAAUUUCCUCCUCCAGAAAUGAGUAUUGAAAUUUCAUCUUUUGAUAUGCUUGAAGUUACAGUAACAAAAACUUUUAUGAAUGUUGUAACAAAUCUAUCUGAAGCAUUUACUGAAGCAGUUAAAUCAACAACUGUUAGAGAGAGUAUAGAUACAGCACCUUAUAUAAUAAAAAAUGAAUUGGGAAUUCCUUUGACAAUAAAUUUAUCCAAUAAUAUUUUUCAGCUUGAGAUUGAUGGUUCAACCUGUGUGAGAACAAUAUCUAUUGCCAGAACAGAAAAACGCAUCUUUCUUCUACCAUGUAGGACAUAUCCAGGUGAUCAGUGGGGUUUUGUGGUAGAUAUAAAGUCUUGUUCAGGAAGCAAAAUAAUAACUUUUUAUUCCACUGUUGAGAUUAUCAAUUACUUUUCAAUUCCAAUGGAAGUUUACUAUAUGUUAUCAUCUGGAAAUGAAGUUCAGCGAUGUGGCUUAGUUGAACCACAAAAAAUUCUACAUCUUCCUCUUCAUUCAGUCUAUACGCCAACUAGAGAAUUAUUUUUUAAACCAGCUGAACAAGAUUUUUCUGUAUCAACACAACCGUUCAUGUGGAAAGAAAUACCAGAAGAUAUUGAAGGUACAGCAUUAUUAUUGUGUUCAGAUAAAAAUGAAGGAGGACAACCAUUUUUUAUUGAGGUAUCCAGAAAAAUAAAUCGCAUUUUCUUUGAAGAUAGUCAUAAAAAAACAAUGGUCAGUGUUUCGUAUAGCAUCAGUUUACAUCCAACUGCAUUACUGAAGAAUCUUUUACCCUAUUCGAUAAGCUACUGCUUGCAGGAUGUUAAAGAUUUUAGAACUUUAGAACCUGGAGAAAGUACUGAACUUUGGACAGCUGAAAUAGGAAAAACUGUAAUUGAAAUAAAAAUUUCUAAUUACUUGGAUCAUGAAUGGAUUUGCUCAAAAAAAUUAGAAACUUCAUCAAAUGAGUUAUCUGUUUGGACUUUUGAGGCAUCAGCGAAUACAGAUAAGAAAUUAGUUUUGGAUCUUGGCAUGCGUAUUGUAAAAAAUAAGGGUUCUUUAGAAUUUUCUUUAUAUUGUCCAUUUUGGAUGGUGAAUAAAACAGGUUUAAAUUUAAAAUACAGAAAAUCUAAGAAGUUAGAGAAAUCAGAUUCAUCAGGUUCACCAAAGUCAGAUAAAGACAAUAGAAGAGGUUCAACACUCUCUUUGUCUACUGAUGAAACUAAUAUACUUCAACAUUCUCCAGAAAUGGAUUUUCCAUUGUUGUUUUCUUUUAAAGCAAAAAAUUUUUUUGCAAAGAAAAAGGCUUCACUGAAAGUCAAUGAUUCGGAAUGGUCAGAUAAAUUCUCACUUGAUGUAAUUGGAAGUCAAGGAACAGUUCUGGCUAAGUGUAAAGAUGGUCAAACAUAUGGAAUUUGUGUGCAGAUUAAGUUAAGUAAUGCUGGGCUGACUAAAAUAAUCAUAUUCACUCCAUUCUAUCUCAUCUUAAAUAAGUCUCAGACUGAUAUUGAAAUUCGUGAAAAUACUGAUGAUGCAUUAUGGUUAUUAAUUCCUAGUAAUGAGUGCAAGUCCUUUUGGCCAAAAGAUGCUAAAAAGACAGAAAUGAUAGCCCGUUAUGCCAAAACUACUGAUGAAACUAUUCCAUUUACUUUUAAGAAACAACAUACUACUCUUCUUAAGUGCAGUGGUUCAAAAGGUGGUUUAAAUGUAGAUGUGCAGGUAGCAGAAGCAUCUAUCAUCCUAACAUUUGAUGAUUAUCAUCCAGGUUAUGCAGCUGUUCUUUUAGUAAAUAAUUUAGAAAAGUUUCCAGUAAUAUAUCAUCAAGUUGGGAAAACAGAAAAAGCUUUAAAAUGUAAACAAGCAGUUUUAUAUACAUGGGAAGAUCCCUGCACAGAGAGAGAAUUUAGUAUCAAUAUUGGAAAGAAAUCUAGCAAGAUAAAUUUAGCUAAGGAUGGAAUAAAUGAAAUACAACUUGAAAGUAAAGAAACUGUUUACUGGGUAUCAUUUCUUGAUGGAUUACAAAGAGUUAUUCUACUUACAGAAGAUCUUGCUCUGGCUACUGCUGCACAGCAAGCUGGAGAAUUAGAAAGAAGUGAAUUAGAGGUUGUAAUCUCUUUACAAGGUGUAGGUUUAUCAUUGAUAGAUAACACAGCACAAACAGAUAUUUUAUAUCUUUGUAUAUCAAGCUCUGGUAUUUUGUGGGAAGCAAAGAAAUUAAAAGGUUCCAGAUACAAAGCACUGAGUAUAAAGGAAUGUAAUUCUAUUGAACAAGCUUAUCAAAGAUACCAAAUGGAAAAGAAAAUUGGAAAAAAACCAAAACCUCGGUGGCAUCUUGAGGGAAAACUUGAAGUUGAUUUUGGAAAUGAGAAAGAGAUUAUGAUGUGUAAACCUGUUAAUCGUGUUAUACGUCGAUCUUUUCAAACUGGGUUUUGGUUACAAUAUAAAACAUCACCCCAUCAAUUACAACUGCAUGCAAAAAUUAACAGAAUCCAGAUUGACAACCAAUUAAGAGACUGUGUUUUUCCUGUGGUCAUAGCACCUGUACCACCACCAAAAUCAGUGGUAGCAGAUAAUGCACCAAAACCAUUUACUGAAGCAAGUAUAAUCAUUCAAAAGACAGAAUAUACAUCUGUAAAACAAUUCAAAUAUUGUCAAGUACUUAUACAAGAGUUUCAUGUAAAGUUGGAUCAAGGAUUUUUAAACAGUUUAAUAUCAUUUUUUGGAUCUGAAGAAAUAACAGAUAUUGACUAUGUAAAGUUAUUAGCAAAAGAUAAAGAACUUCUUCAAGUUGAUUUAAAAGAUGUUGCAGAAACAUAUUCAUCACAAGAACUUAAGCAUUAUUUUGAUAUGUUACAUUUUUCACCUCUAAAGAUACACAUUAGUUUUUCAAUGACUGGAGGUUCUUCACAAGAUGAAGGACAACCUACUGCAAUACAUUCAGAAUUCUUGAAUUUAUUACUUCAAAGUAUAGGGGUCACAUUAACAGAAGUACAAGACAUCAUUUUUAGGUUAGAUUAUUUCCAAAGAGAUUGUGUCUUUAUGACUCAAAGACAGUUAAUAAAUGAAGCAAGCAGACAUUAUAUAAAUCAGAGUUUAAAACAACUAUAUAUGCUUGUGCUUGGACUUGAUGUCAUUGGAAAUCCUGUUGGUUUAUUAUUUGGUUUAAGUGAAGGUGUUGGUGAUUUCUUUUAUGAACCAUUUCAAGGAGCUAUACAAGGACCAGAAGAAUUUGCUGAAGGAUUAGCACUUGGAGUAAAAAGCUUGUUUGGACAUGCAGUUGGUGGUGCAGCAGGAGCAGUAUCUAGAAUAACUGGUACUUUAGGAAAAGGCUUGGCUGCAUUAACAUUAGAUGAGGAAUACCAAAAGAAACGUAGACAAGUGCAAAGUAGAAGACCACAGGAUCUUCGACAAGGAUUGGCUCAAAGUGGAAAAGGACUUGUUAUGGGUGUAUUUGAAGGUGUGACUGGUAUAGUAACUAAACCAAUAGAAGGUGCAAAAGAAGGCGGUGCUGGUGGAUUUUUUAAGGGAGUUGGAAAAGGCUUACUUGGAGUGGUGGUACGUCCUACAUCUGGUGUUGCUGAUUUUACCAGUGAAUCACUAGAAGCAGUAAAGAGAGCUACAGAACUCUCUGAUGAAGUUAAACGUGUUCGUUCACCUCGAUUUAUAAGAACAGAUGGAAUUGUUAGACCUUACAGUAAAAUAGAAGCAGAAGGAUUUCAAUUAUUUUGUGAUGUUGAAAAAGGUAAAUUUGUCAAUACUGAUCAUUAUGUUGUUCAUUGCCCUGUUGGUUCCGAUGGUAAAAUGUUCCUCAUGAUAACUACAAAUCGAUUGAUGUUAAUCACAAAAGGUGACGUAUUUGGUCAGUGGUCUACAGACUGGCAUUAUACAUGGGAAGAAAUUGUUGGAACUGAAAUAAUCCCUGAUAAAGGAAUUAAAAUAAUCUUAAAAGAAGGCAAAAAGAAAAAAGGAAUAUUUGGAAAUAAAGAUACUUCAAAAUUAGUGACUAUUAAACAAAAAGAAUUGUGUGAGUGGAUGAAUAAAAAAAUUGAAGAAGAAAUGAAAAAAAUUUUAUAACUCUUCAAUCACUUCAGGUGUAACACUGCUUUCAUACAUCACAGAAUUUUAACAAGCCUUAAAGCUACAGGCCAUACAGAUCAUAUACUUUUGAUAAUAUUAAUAUGCUUUUGUUCCUCCAUUUUUAUUAUUAUAUAUGUAUAGGUUGAGUUGACUUUUCAGAUAAUUUGUACUUACUUUUUGUGAUAUUUCAGGCAUACAUUUUAUAAUUAUUUUGUAAUAUAUAUUGUGUAGAAUAAUUCUAAUAAUCACAGUUUUCAACGUGAAUGAUUAAUCAGAUUGUUUAUAUAUUUCACAUUAUUUUAUUCUAGAUUUUCUUCUUUUCUCUAAUAAUGAAAAUUAAAUGUGUUCAAUAUAAUGUCAAUAAAAUUUGUGAUACAAUUUGUAUAUUAAUUUUGUUAAGAAACUAUUCUGGCACAGCUUUUAACAAUAAUAUAGAAAUUUAAUUGCUGUUGCAGAAAUUCAUGUAUCUAGCAUAUUUCAUUGAAUGGUGCUGAAAACUUUCUUUUGUAAAAAAGAUGUAAAAAUUUUUGAAAUUUGUUUACGACAAGUGCAGAUUUUGGAAAAGUUUAAAAGAUUUAUAUAUGAAUUUGUUGUAUAAAUCAUAAAUGUAAGAAAAUUUCAGUGUUACAAUAUUUUGAAUUUUAAAAAUCAUUGUUAAGAAAGUAGCUUAAAGGAAAAUUAUUUUCUGCUAAUAAAAAGACAUUUUGAAUGUAAAGCUUUAUGCAAAUUGACAUACGCAAGUUGCAUGAAGAGAAACGUUAUGCUGAAAUUCAGAUUUUAUUGAAAAGCUUACAUUACAACAAAUGUUAGAACAAUGUAAUGAUAUUCUUUUGUUUAACUGUUCAUUUAACAACAUGAGCAUAUUAACAGAAAUUUUACAAAUUUAAUAUUGCAUCAUAACUAUAAUAAAAAUGAGCCUUAUUGUGCCUUUUCAACUGCUUUUUUAAUCACCCUUUUUUUUAAAGUAAUGCAAGCUUUUUCAAUAUGAUUUGUUAAUAUUGUAAAAUAAAU